AUGUUGUCUUCGAUCAUAAACACUUGUUCAAUUCGCCCUCCACCGCCACCUCCUUUGAUGAGUUUUGUUAACAACUCUAUGCGUCAUCCAUUAAAUCAUCAUCCUCCGCCUCAACUGAUGACUGCUUCGAAUAAUAACAAUUUUAAUCCAAACAACUCAAGUUCAAAUCAAAAUAAACGUUCUCGGAAUCAAAGAAAUCAUAAUCGUCGCGGUGGAACAAAUCGUCGUUAUCGACAUUCGACUGUCGCAGCUUCAAAUGCCUAUCAUCCUUAUUCUCGACCUCAACAACAAUAUCGCCACCGAUAUCAGCAACCUCAACAACAAUCACAAGCAAGAACUCCAUUAAUAAUGAGUACACCGCCAGGCAUGUCGCAGGCUGAAUAUGAAAAGCUUCAUUUGGAACAAGUAAAACGUGAUAAAGAAAAAUUAUUAAGAUGUGGAAAUGUGUUAGCACCAUCAAAUACGACACAGUUUAUUAUUCAAGAUCAUAACAGAAAAACCCCAACACUCCCCAACAGUACCGGCAAUCAAACACCAGCCACACAGCCAAAAGAACAAACAUCGGGCUCAUCUAUUCCUCAUAGUUCAUUUGAGCAAUUAUUUGGUGAUGUUGAUGAUGAUUGUUUAUCAACAACAUCGGGUGAAGGCGAAUCGUCGGAUAUGGAAGAAGGGAAAUUGAAUUAUGAAGAUGAUUUUAAUGAUAUCUAUUACCAAUGUCGUUAUGAACGAUAUAAUACAUUUAGUCGUAGUGCAUUGUUAAAAGAAGUUAUGUCACUGUGUAUGAAUAUUGAUCGAUUACAACAUGAAAAAUCAGAAUUAGAAAAGAGAUUAAGAGAUCUGCAGCAACAACAGUUUUAUGUUUAUCAGCAACCACAACUACCAUUACAGUUAGCAAACGGUCAACAACCACCUGCACAAUUAGUUGUACCAGCAGCAAUAACUACAAACGAACACAACGCAAUUCCUACCCAAGUCGAAACGACGACACAAUCAUCAAUCAGUAUUCCUCAAGAAAUGAUUCAACAAGAAGCAAUAAUUACAUCGCCACAACCAUCAAUAGCGUCAGAAGAACAACAAAUCAUUACGUAA